CAUGCACUAGGUGUAUUAGUAAUACAAGGUUUUUUACUUUGUCUUCUGCUUUGGAGAAACAUUCUUGAACAAAUAGCUAUGGGUGCUUUAAAAGUUGUAGCCCUAGUAGCAAUUUUUGGUGUAGUGAAUGGUAGCAAAAUUUUAGCGUUAUUUCCCAGUCCCGGCUACAGCCAAUACAUUUUGGCGGAAAAAUUGAUGGGUUCCUUGGCGAAAAGGGGCCAUCAAGUUACCGUCAUUAGUGAAUACGAACCGAGCGAAAAAAUUGACAACUUUGUAACCAUUAAACUGGACAAAUCUAAGGAUUUCCACAACACGAUGGAUUUGGCAUUGUGGGAUGCUAAAAACAGCUUCGAAGUAACUGCAGAGUUUCUAGACAUAUCCUUAUACUACGGAGAAGUCCCAUUGAAGCAGAAGCAAGUCCAGGAUUUGAUAAAAUCCAACAGCACCUUCGACUUGGUGAUUGUGGAGAAUUUUUGCAACGAAGCCCAGUUGGGCUUCGGUGAACACUUCAAAGCCCCUGUGAUCGUGUUCAGCUCGCAACCGAUGCACGAGUGGAACGCGCAUUAUGUGGGAAACGCGAAAUUGCCAUCGAUCAGCCCGAAUGUUUUCACCCAAUAUACUAACCACAUGAGUUUCUUUGAAAGGCUGCAUACUCUCCUCUUGACAGCAUUCGAUAUCCUCUACAAGGAGCUGGUUUAUUUUCCAGAACAGCAGAGAUUUCUGGACGAAUAUUUUCCGGAAAAAAUGGACCUUCGAAAGGUUAUUCGAAACGUUGAGAUGUUAUUGGUAUUCGCUCAUCCUCUUACUACUGAACCAUCUUUGAUAACGAGUGCGGUGGUAGAAGUAGGAGGGUUUCAUAUCAUGCCGAAGAAACUUCCUAGGGGUAUUCAAACUAUUUUAGAUGGGGCUAAGAAUGGGGCUAUUUUGGUUAGCUUAGGAUCGAAUAUACCUUGUCAUAAACUACCCAAGGAACAAUUGGAUAUAUUCCUGAGAGUUUUUAAAAAAUUACCUCAACGAAUUCUUUGGAAAUGCGAGCUGGACAUUCCUAAUACACCAAAUAAUGUUUUUCUCUCAAAAUGGGUGCCUCAACCAGACGUUCUGGCUCAUCCAAACACGGUAGCUUUCGUCACACACAAUGGACUUUUAAGUACCACUGAAGCGAUGUAUUUUGGUGUUCCGAUGAUUUCUGUUCCCGUAUUCGUGGAUCAAAAGAUAAACGCAGUUAGAGCAAGAAAACUGGGAGUGGCAGAAAAAGUUGAUUUUAUUAACAUGAAAGAAGAAGACUUUUAUGAGGCCAUAAAAAAAGUUACGCAAAAUUCCAAUUAUACAAAUCAAAUGAAAAAACUUUCACAGAUGUUCAGAGAUCAACCGAGCAGUCCGUUAGAUAGAGCAAUUAAUAAUAUUGAAUAUGUGUUGAAAUAUCGACCAGGAAAAUAUUUGAGAAGUCCUGCAUUGGAUUUAUGGUGGUUCCAAUUGUAUAUGGUAGACGUUGUGAUUUUUAUUUUGGCUUCUGCAGUUGCAGUAUGUUUGUUAAUUUUGUUCGUUAUUAGAAAACUUGUAUGUAAAAAGAAGGAAAUUAUUAAAAAUAAAACUGAUUAAAU